ACAUGUUUAGUUUUCUGCAAAAAUCCUUAUCAUAAUCGUAUAUGCAUUGUGUAAUACCCACCACAUGUUGCAUUGCCUUUGUUUGUUUAUUUUGAAAGAUGUCUUCAGAACCUUUGAGCGCCGAAUAUGCGAAAUCAGCGAAGUCUGCAUGUAAAGGCUGUAUGAAGAAUAUAGCGAAAGGAGAACUCCGUAUUGGAUUCGUCGGCAAGGCUAAUUUUGGUACAACUGCAUGGUACCAUUAUGAUUGCAUUUGGAAGAACUACGAAAAUCUCAAAUCAAUCGACAGCUCUAAAACAACAAAAAGUAUCGUUCAGGGAUAUUCAGAUUUGAAGGAAGAUGAGAAAAAGAAACUUGAUGUGGACUUGCCAAAAUAUUGCAAAGAAGCCGCCGAAAAGGCAGCCGCUGCAGCUAAGGAAGGGCCAUUACCAAUGGCUACAGAAUAUGCGAAGUCUGCCAAAUCUUCAUGCAAAGGUUGUUCAAAGAGUAUCGACAAAGGGGCACUCCGUGUAGGAUUCACAGGAAAGGCUAACUUCGGUGCUACAGCGUGGUAUCAUUAUGACUGUAUUUGGAAGGACUCUGACAAUUUAAAGUCGAUUGAUGGCUCAAAAGCUGCUGAGAAGAUCAUUAAAGGAUAUUCAGAUCUGCAGGAUGAAGACCAAGAUAAAAUUGAAGCUGACUUGUUGAAGCAUUGUAAACCACCAGCAGAUAAAAGAAAAGGGGACGCUUCUAAAGAUGGUCCAACAGCUGCGAAGAAGUCUAAAUAGGACAUCACGUGUACAGAUGAAGGACAUAUGAAUAUAAUUCGUGAGAACUUCAUGUGUAUUGGAUGUUCAUAUACGCGUGCGUUCGUCUACAUUAUAUGUGCUUAAAGCUUUCUUAUAAUUCUGUUGGAGUCAAGUGGACUAACUAGUGAGGGUGCUCGGUUUUAUAUUAUUUUUCCUAAGAAGGAAUGUGACUGUCAUGGCAGCAGUUUGAAUGUGGUUAACAAAGAUGACUGAAAGUUUAUUUUGCAUUGCAAGUUGUAACAUAGUUUAUACGCCUAGUCAUUUUAUUCAUUUAAAAAUAAAGCUUUCAGAAAAGUU